AUGGCAAAGCGCCCUCGAGAAGAACGGCCGGAGUCGGGAGUUGAGGCGCAGCUGAUUGCCCGGAGCUCCUUUGGCGCGCUCUACGAGCCAGAGGAGAAGAUCCGCACCAUUGUUGUCGAGAACUUUCCUGCCCUGGGGCAGGCGGCGGCGUGGAGAUUCCUCGAAUGGGCGCAGCAAAAUCCUGAAGGCGUUUGCUCUCUGCCCACUGGCAAGACGCCCGAGUAUUUCAUCAAGUGGGUCCAGCGGAUUCUGCAAAGCUGGAGUUCACCGGAGAUCCAGGGCGAAGCGCGCAAGUUCGGCCUCCGCCCGGAGAAGCCAGAGCUGGGGAAGCUGACCUUUGUGCAGAUAGAUGAGUUCUAUCCCAUCUCCCCGGCGCAGCACAACAGCUUCUACCACUAUGUGAAUGAGUACUACAUCAAGGGCUUCGGCCUCGAUCCAAAGCGGGCGCUGCUGAUGGAUUGCUCCAAGAUCGGUCUCGACUGGGAGCCUGGCUAUGGUCCUACGGGUGAGCCGCGUGAUUACAUGAAGCCGGCGCUCACCAUGGAGGAUGUGUGGCCAACUGGCGAGGUGGACCUCAGCCUGCGCAUGCGCGAGCCGAGCACUCGCCAGGAGCUGCUGCAGCAGCGAGUCCUUCGACAGGUGGACCAAUGGUGCGCGGAGUACGAGGCUAAGAUUCGUGCACUUGGAGGCAUCGGUUUCUUCAUGGGUGGGAUCGGCCCCGACGGCCACGUCGCCUUCAACUGCCAAGGUUGUGACCAUUUCGCCACCACUCGGCUGGAUCAGCUCAACUAUGCCUCGCAAGCUGCCGCAGCGGGAGAUCUCGGUGGUAUCGAAACUGUGCGCCGGCGAAAGGUGAUUACUAUCGGCCUUGGUACCAUCACCUACAACCCCAGCUGUGUGGCGCUCAUUUGCGCGGCCGGCGAGGCCAAAGCACAGGUGGUCCGAAAUGCUGUGCAAGAGGCCGCUCAUGUGAACUUUCCGGCCACAGCGCUGCAUCGGCUGCCUUCAGCGGCCUUCUUCGUGACGACGGGCGCAGCCAAGCUGCUUGACCGUCGUCAGCUGGAGCUCCUAGAGAGGAUACCUGAGAUGGCUCCCAGUGUGGUCGAACGCGUGCUGGUGGCGCUGUCCGGACGCCGCCGAAAGAAGCUUGUUGACCUCUCUGAAGACGACCUCGCAGCAUGUCCGCUGGCCAGUUGCGCCGUUCGCCGUGCCGGUCGUCCUUUGCCCGUGCUGGCGGAGGAGGUGCGGCAAUCGCUGAUCCGCAAGAUCGAGCAGGGCAGCCGCGCGAGGGAGAAGACAAAGUUCUUGCACACUGAACCCCAUCAUGAUGAUAUCAUGCUGGGCUACCUGCCUGCGGUGAUGCGCAACACUCGGGUGGCCUCAAAUCAGCAUCACUUCGUCUGUGCCACCAGCGGGUUCAACUCGGUCUCGAACGUUCACAUGCUAAAGAUGCUGGGGCGCGUGGAAAAGUUCCUCGCCACCCCCACCUUCCAGCGCCUGUCGCGGGAGGGCUAUUUUGACACGUCGGCUUUGGAUUUCCGCCGCCGCGACGUUUGGAAGUUCCUUGAUGGCAUCGCGGCCGCAGAUGACGAGCUGCGAGACGAAGGAGCAGCGAGAAGGCUGGUCUACAACCUCUCUGUGGUCUUUACGGACAGUGUCGCAGACGGAAACUCCACACAACUGUCGGAGCGUGUUUCUGCCUUGAAGACGUACUUCUCCAAGCAAUACGCGGGACAGAAGGACAUGAAAGAGGUGCAGAUUUUAAAAGGUGCCUGCCGGGAGUUUGAAGCAGAAUGCGUUUGGGGCUAUAUCGGCUGGCAGCUGCCGAAUAUCUCUCACUUAAGACUGGGCUUUUAUACCGCCGAUAUCUUCGCCCCGGAGCCCACGCAGCAGCGUGACGUUCUUCCCGUGCUGAAGCUGUUGCGAGAAGUUCAGCCGGAUGUAGUCAGUGUGGCACUGGACCCGGAAGCAUCUGGCCCUGACACUCACUACAAGGUGCUUCAAGCCGUUACAGCUGCACUGCAGCAGUAUUCCGAGGAGACAUGUCGGCAAGACAUCACUGUUUGGGGCUACCGCAACGUCUGGUUCCGUUUCGAGCCGCACGAGGUCAGCACGAUCAUCCCGGUCUCACUCCAGACAAUUUCGACAUUGAACCACAUGUUCCUGAACUCCUUUGAGUCGCAACGGGAUGCCGAGUUCCCAGCCUACGAGAUCCAGGGGCCUUUCUGCGCGAUGAGCCAGAGGGUGCAAGUGCAGCAGUACGACAUGAUUGAGACUUGCCUCGGCUACGAGUGGUUCCACAACCACCCAUCGCCACUGAUCCGCGCGGCGCGAGGCCUCGUGUUUCUUCGCGAAAUGACUGUCCAAGAGUUGUUGGCCGAGUCCCGGGCUCUCCGCCAGCAGACGGAGAGUCUUGGACAUUUGCGAAGUUCACAGUUCACCCACGUUCAGCUUCUCACUUUUUGUGGGAACACGGGCAUAUGA